GCUCAGCAUCCCUCCCAGCAGCAUGGGGACCGUGCCGCUGGCACUGUCUCUGCUGGCCACCGCUCUCCUGUGCCCCGCCACCGCCACGCUGCGCAUCGGUGCCUUCAACAUCCAGUCCUUUGGUGACACCAAGAUGUCCAACAAGGAAGUGGCUGGUGUCAUUGUUGGGAUCCUGAGCCUCUACGACGUGGUCCUGGUGCAGGAGGUGCGUGACUCGGAUCUCAGCGCUGUCACGCACCUCAUGGAGCAGCUCAACAGCGUGUCCAAGUCCCCGUACGACUACGAGAUCAGCGAGCCCCUGGGGAGGGAGAACUACAAGGAGAUGUACCUCUUCAUCUACAGGACAGAUGCUGUGUCCGUGCUGGAUACCUACCAGUAUGAGGACCCCCAGGAUGUCUUCAGCAGGGAACCCUUCAUCCUGAGGGUCUCAGUGCCCCGUGCCAAGGUGGAGGAGUUUGUGCUUGUGCCCCUGCACUCAGCCCCGCACGACGCCGUUGCCGAGAUCGAUGCACUCUAUGAUGUCUACCUGGCCAUCGUCAGAAAGUGGGGGACUGAUAACAUCAUGUUCCUGGGGGACUUCAAUGCUGCCUGUGCCUACGUGCAGCCGGGUGACUGGCGGGGCAUCCGCCUGCGCACCAGCAGUGUCUUCAGGUGGCUGAUCCCUGACAGCACCGACACCACCGUGGGCAGGUCAGACUGUGCCUACGACAGGAUCGUGGUGUGUGGUGCCAAGAUGAAGAAGAGCAUCGUGCCAAAUUCAGCCACUGUCUACGAUUUCCAGCGUGCUUUCCAUCUGAAGCUGGAGGAGGCCUUGGCAGUCAGCGACCACUACCCAGUCGAGGUGAAGCUGACAGCUUGA